AUCAUGCCACGGUUCAUGCUUCUGAAUGUGUAUGAACAUGUCGAUUUCCAUUAUGGCUUGAUUCAACCACAAACAAUGACGGCCACCCUACCAUGCCUGUCCAUAAUACAUCAAGUCGAGAUCUAAAUGCUCGUUUGUGUAUCUCGGCGGGAUCUUGAACUUGCUUGGAUACGAUCCUCAAGGUAUCCGUGCGGGCAGCUGUAUAAGUCUAGUCCGUACCUACCUUUCUUUCGGAGUUUCUCCUGCAUCAAAUGCACAGCUGCAGAAGCAGCUCCACUCAUCCCUUUGAUGCGACACCUGCACAAGUCUCUGCAACCCUGCUCAAAGCAAAGAUCGACCACGCCCGGAUUGACAAUGCAGAUGGAGCGGCGAGAACUAGUCCACCUGUUGAAGAAUUCCCAGAGCAGCACAAGACUCGGUAAACCUCAUGUUUCGAGGUUGCUGGUGAGAUGCCCCAGGAUUCCACGCAAGAUUCUAGACCAGACUCGGAAUCUGGGCAAAAGUACGAAGCAUUGUUCUUUGACUUGUACUAUGCACAAAGCGAGUCAAGGGAUAGAGCAUUUCGAUACUCGGUAGUAAGACGGACGCCCACAUUUACAUCUUUUCAGGGAUCGACACGUUGCGAGAGAGCGGUUUAGCGCGAUUUUCUGCUGAACCGUACCCUGCAGCUGUUUUGUUUGGGCGAUUGCAUUGUUGUACCACCU